AUGCACCUCUUCACAUGGGAGCAGCAACUCCUCGUCUGUGAAAACGUAGUCCGUCUAUUGCGAAAUAUAGAAGGUGCUUUAUUCGUAGGGUGUAUGGUAGGGAAAGAAGGGGGAGGAGAGGGUGAACAGGGGAGAUGGUUACAUGAUGCUGAUAGUUGGGUUCGGUUGUGGGGAACCGUGUGGGAACGCUUAGGGAUGUCUGGGAGUUGGAAGGUGCAGGGUGAGUUGAGAAGGUUGCCCGGUGGGGAUUUGGUUAAAGAGGGGGAAGAAGCGGUGAUGGAUUCAGGAGGGGAGGGAAUUGGUCUUUUUGAAUUUUCGGUUGAGAGGACGGGUGUUUAG